UUUUUUUCUAAGAAAUUUUUUUAUUUCCUACUAAAGAUGUAUCGGAAGUUGUCUAAGUUAGAACACUCGGAAAUAAAACAACUUCUUACAGAAGCUAACAUAGAUGUUGCAAAACAUUACGCGACAAACAAAAAAGCACUCGCUGACUUCAUUAAAGACUACAAUGGUGAAAUAACUUAUGAUAGAAUUCAUGAGUUCAUAAAGCCGCAACGCGGCGAGGACGAAGUCCAUGCAAGAGCAUUUCCUUUAAAUGAUGUUGCUAUUGACUUAUAUCAUAGACGUUCAGUACCUCAUGAAGUAAGAAGAGAAAUGUUUGACAUAACAAAUGCAAACGUUGGUCAUACUCGUAAAGCUCUUUCGCAUGAUGUUCGUCAAGAGAUGUUUGACAUAACAAAUGCAAACGUUGGUCAUACUCGUAAAGCUCUUUCGCAUGAUGUUCGUCAAGAGAUGUUUGACAUAACAAAUGCAAACGUUGGAGAAACACGAAAGAGAGACGACACACUGAAACAACAGAGAAGAGAGAUGUUUAAAAGUGCUAUAGAACAAGUUCGCAAAGCUAACGAUGUCAUUCGUUCCAUUGACGACAAACCAAAAGAAGGUGAGAGAUGGUUAAAGAAAGAUGAAGAGAAUAGGAAGAGAAAUGUGAAGUCAGGCAAUAGACUCAUUGACUUUAACAUCGAAGCUUUAGAUGAACCAAACAGAGACUAUUUACACAAACAUUUCGGUAAGGUUUUCAUGAGACUCUUAGAGAAGAUUAAAAUAAACUCCCAACAAAGAUGGAUGGUAUGUUAUAAACUUGGUGGAAAGUAUGAAUGUUCUACGUUAAACCUCAAUAAUAUUGGAACAUUACUACAUCAGCUCUUGAAGGAGAACUUUAUAUCAGAGAUAGAAGCAAAUGCUGCAGGUAUUGUUGAAAUGCACUAUGACUUCUUCUUGACAAACAUAAAGAAUCUUACCGAAAUAAAGAUGUAUGAUUUAACAGAAUAUGAAGGCUUAACGAUGUCAGAUGUAAAGAAAGGCAAACCAAAAAAGAGACCAUAUAGAGAUGAAAGCACACUGACAAAUGACCAGAAAGCCAUUUUGGAAGCUCUUAAGCAAACAGGAAACCCAGCACUUAUAGAAAGCUUUUGGAAAGAUAAUGGUGAAAAGAAGUUUUAUAAGAAGAGAAGCGGUCAGUUCUGGAAGUAUCUUUGCACAUUACCUAUAAAUCUUGAACGCUACCAAAUCUUCAAUGAACUGAACAAAAGAACUGCAGCACUUAUGACAGAAGACAAUUGUUUCGUUUAUGCUUGCAUUCAGGCUGGAGUAAAUGAAGAAACUAUUGACCACAUGAGAGAAGUCAUUCGUGUUAGAGACUUUCCUCAAAGUAAAGUACAAGAAAUUUCUGACGCAACAGGUAUAGCAUUUAAUGUUACCAUUGGUUACUUCAAUGACUCAAGACAUAAUGAAAUAAAGAGAUACAUACCAAAAGAAUGUGAAACUGUUCGAACUAUUGACUUACUUCUUGUUGAAGACCACUACAUGCUAAAUGAAAGAUUACCAAUGACAACAUAUUUCAUUCGCAACUAUAUAGAAAUCUUGAAGGAGUGUGGUGGAAUGAACAUUGAGAAACAGAUGAAGAUUUAUACAAAGAGAGAAGAUAAAUAUGUAGUUCGCAUGGAUAGAACUACACCGCUAUGGGAUGUUA